CUGAGCAACACACCAUCGAACCUACAAGAGAUAGAUUUAAGAGAAGUGUGCCAUCAAUUUAGUUGUAGCCACUAGCCAUGUCUGCCAUGGAGUCUCAACUUGCUGACGAUGAACUAGCUGCAUCUGGGGGAGCUGAGAUAUCAGAUGGCUUCAUCCCUCUCAUUAUUGACAUGGAGGAACUUCAAGGUCCUCGCCGCUCUGAGAUUGUCCAACAAAUUGGCCAUGCAUGCCAACACUAUAGUUUCUUUCUGGUGAAGAACCAUGGAAUUUCAGAGAAGAAUAUGAACAAUAUAUUGGGGACAACAAGGGAAUUCUUCAAACUUCCAGAACAAGAAAAGUUGAAGUUCUGCACUAAUGACCCUAACAAAAGCAUCAAGCUUUUUAUGGGUUUUAAAGAUGAGAUCCAAAAUGUCUUUAUCGCGAGGGAAUCCUUAAGAUUUAGCACUUACCCUUUUGAAGAUUAUGUGAAUGGAUGGCCUGCAAACCCUCCUUCAUUGAGGAAGGAUGUUAUGGAGUAUUGUACAAGUGUUAAAAGGGUGGAAUUUGCACUUCUUGAGGCCAUGUCUGAGAGCUUAGGAUUGGAAAAGGAUUAUAUAGACAAGAUGUUAUACAACCAUGGACAAAAAAUAUCAAUGAACUAUUAUCCAAUUUGUCAAGAACAAGAUCUAGAGUUUACUCGUGGAGUGAGACCUCAUACAGACCCAACUAUAAUCACUAUUCUGCUGCAAGACAAUGUGCCUGGAUUUAAGGUUCUCAACAAUGGCAAAUGGGUGGACGUUGGUCAUAUCCCGAACACCUUGGUUAUUCAUGUUGGAGACCUACUACAGGUAAUUAGUAAUUACCGUUACAAGAGUUUGCACCACCAAGUUUUUAUUAAUUGUGAGAGAGAGCGUGUAUCUGUUGCCAGCUAUUGCUAUCCAUCAUCCGAUACCACAAUAGGGCCUGCUAUGGAAUUGAUAGACAAUGAUCAUCCAGCAAUCUACAGAAAUUUUACGUAUACAGAAUUUUAUGAAGAAAUGUGGCGAGCAGUAGUGCAGCAUGCAACUGACAAGCGUUUGGACACCUUCAAGUCUUCUGUUGCCUGAUCGUUCUUUCUGCUUUGUUCCUUCUUUUGAGUUGUUUAGGAUGGGAUAUAAUAAGGGGGGGAAUGGCUGCUUUUGGCUCCUUGCUAUAUUGUUUGGUGAAAUGAAACACAUAAUAAUAAGUUGAUGAAUUUCAAAGUA